AUGUCGAUUAAUAUGAGAACGUUAACCCAAGCUCUGGCCAAGACGGCUGCGGUGAUCGAGAAGACGGUUCAAACCACAGUCCAGGAGGUUACAGGUCCCAAGGCUCUUCAGGACUACGAGCUCCUCGAUCAGAUCGGCUCCGGUGGUCCUGGCCUCGCCUGGAAGCUCUUCUCCGCCAAGGCACGCGACUCCACGCGGCCACAGCAGUAUCCCACCGUCUGCGUCUGGGUACUUGAUAAGCGAGCCUUGUCGGAGGCUCGUGCCAGGGCCGGUUUAUCCAGGGCUGCCGAAGACUCGUUCCUCGAUCUGAUUCGCGCUGAUGCUGGGAAGCUGGUCCGGCUUAGACACCCUGGUGUGGUCCACGUGGUUCAGGCGCUUGACGAGAACAAGAAUGCUAUGGCUAUGGUUACGGAACCGCUUUUCGCCUCCGUGGCUAACGCCCUCGGGAAUGUGGAGAAUGUGGAUAACGUGCCGAAAGAUCUCAAGGCCAUGGAGAUGAGCUUGUUGGAGGUGAAGCACGGUCUCCUUCAAAUUGCCGAGACAUUGAACUUUCUCCAUAAUAACGCCCAUCUCAUCCACCGUGCUGUUUCCCCGGAGAAUGUUCUUAUUACUUCGACUGGUUCCUGGAAGCUUGCCGGAUUUGGAUUUGCUGUUUCAGAAGCACAGGCUGGGAAUUUGGAUAACAUGCAAUCGUUCCACUACUCUGAAUAUGAUGUUGAGGACUCAAUUCUACCACUCCAGCCAUCUUUAAAUUAUACAGCACCUGAAUUGGUGCGGAGCAAAACUCCUUCAGCUGGAGUUUCUUCAGAUAUAUUUAGCUUUGGAUGCCUCGCCUAUCAUUUAGUUGCACGGAAACCAUUGUUUGAUUGCCACAACAAUGUCAAGAUGUACAUGAAUACGUUGAACUAUUUAACAAAUGAAACUUUCUCUUCUAUACCCUCGGAAUUGGUAUCUGAUUUGCAACGGAUGCUGUCAACGAAUGAGUCCUUUAGACCAACAGCAUUAGAUUUCACAGGAUCUAUUUUUUUUCGAAGCGACACAAGGUUACGUGCCCUCCGUUUCCUUGAUCAUAUGCUUGAAAGAGACAACAUGCAAAAGUCUGAGUUUUUAAAAGCAUUAUCAGAUAUGUGGAAAGAUUUUGAUUCCCGUGUAUUACGGUAUAAGGUGCUUCCGCCUCUUUGUGCUGAACUUAGAAAUUUGGUUAUGCAGCCAAUGAUUCUUCCGAUGGUUCUAACUAUAGCAGAGUCUCAGGAUAAGAAUGACUUUGAGUUGAUAACGCUCCCAGCUCUUGUUCCUGUUUUGAGUUCUGCUACGGGUGAUACUUUACUGUUGCUUGUAAAGCGUGCAGAGCUUAUAAUUAACAAGACUAAUGCAGAGCAUCUUGUAUCACAUGUCCUCCCUUUGCUUCUCCGAGCCUACAACGACAACGAUGUCCGGAUACAGGAGGAGGUUUUGAAAAGAUCCACAUCUGUUGCUAAACAACUCGAUGGUCAGGUUGUAAGGCAAGCAAUUUUGCCUCGCGUUCAUGGCUUGGCUCUCAAAACCACAGUUGCUGCCGUCAGAGUGAAUGCUUUGCUCUGCUUAGCAGAGCUAGUUCGAACGCUUGAUAAACUCGCUGUUACUGAAAUUCUUCAAACAAUUCAACGCUGUACUGCCGUUGAUCGCUCUGCACCUACCCUUAUGUGUACUCUUGCAGUCGCAAACGCAAUUCUCAAGCAGUAUGGAGUCGAAUUCACUGCUGAACACGUGCUUCCGCUGAUUAUACCGCUUCUCACUGCCCAACAAUUGAAUGUCCAACAGUUUGCCAAAUAUAUGCUAUUUGUCAAGGAUAUUCUCAGGAAAAUAGAGGAAAAAAGAGGAGUUACACUGAAUGAUUCUGGAGUCCCUGAAGUGAAACCAGGCUCUGUCGCAGAUGGGAUCCAGUUUCAAACACCAACCCCAAAAACUGAGACGGUUGCUUCUGCAGCAAAGAACAGUCCUGCAUGGGAUGAAGACUGGGCUCUACCGACCAAAAGUUCUGCUUCGAAAGAUCCUGGACCCGCAAACGCUCAGUUCAACAAAUCUACAGUUCAGUCACAGCCAUUGAACCGGACAACAUUACCAACAACCUGUCCUGCAGUGGACAUAGAGUGGCCACCAAGACAAUCUUCCAAUGUCACUGCUCAGCCAGCUAAUGAUGAGACACGGCUAAACGCUGCAGGAACAUCGUCAACUCCAAGUUUUGAUGAACUAGACCCUUUUGCUAAUUGGCCACCACGGCCCAACGGUGCUUCCAUUGCUUCUGGGGGUUUCUACAACAGUACUGCCACUCGACCUCCACUGAACAACAGUGGUUCUGGUUUGAGCAACAAUUUAACAGACAGUACGCAGUUUCAGACAGCAAACAACGACUUCUGGGCCUCUGGCAAUGCCUCCCUAUCUUCUUUGAAAUCACAGCAGCAAGAUGGUUCAGGUAUCAGCGCAAGUAACCCAGAUCCUAUGAACUCUUUCGGGAUUCAGAAUCAGAACCAAGGAAUGCCGUCUUUCGGAAGCAGUUCACUCAGUAACCAAAAGCCGGCAGCAGACAUCAGUUCCAUAUUCGGUUCAAGCAAAACCGAGCAAGGUGCAAUGAAACUGGCACCACCGCCUUCAAUAGCAGUGGGAAGAGGAAGGGGAAGGGGAAAAAGUGGGACAUCUAACUCAAGGUCAAGUGGUUCGAAGCAGCAACACACCGAGCAGCCAUCGCUGUUGGAUCUAUUGUGAUCUCGGUCGAGACAUUGUGCAGUACAUAAUAUAUUAAUGUCUCUCGCCAGUUUGAUAUAAGUUCCAUGGGAAAAAAACAUUCCUGUCUUUUGUUGUACAUAAAUAUCUUCCUUUUUUAUAACAUUCGUUACAAGAGAUUAAAUGAUUUGAUUUUAGGGUUAUUAAA